AUGAAGGUACCUGCGCCUCUAGCUAUUUUCACGUCUUGUGUGCUACUUGCUCCGUAUGGAGUUUCUGCAGCAUGUUCCAGCUGGUCUUCACUCUAUCAAGACGUCUUGGAAGGUGUCUGUGUCUGCAAUGAAACGCAGUGCGAUUCUGUCGUCAGUGGCCACGCGAAGCUGACAGAAGGCCAAGUGGGAGUGUAUUCGACGUCUAAGGAUGGUGCACGCUUGACGUACACCGUAAUGAACGUCGACGAGUCUCCCAAUGACGAACCAACUUUUUCAAUCGAGGUGGAGACGCAAUAUCAGACCAUGCUUGGCUUUGGUGGCGCCUUCACGGACGCCGCGGCCAUCAACCUGUACAAACUGAAACCCAAACUCCAAAACUUGGCUCUAGACCAGUAUUUCUCCGAGUCGGGACUGCAGUACAGCAUGGCUCGAGUGCCUAUCGGCUCCACGGACUUUUCCACGAGGACCUACACAUACAACGAAAAGGUGGACGACUUUGAGAUGACGAACUUCACUAUCGCUUCCGAUAAAGCGCCAAACUCGAACAAAAUCAACCUGAUACAUCGCGCACUUAACAUGACGGAGCUGAAAUUGUUCGCGUCUUCGUGGGCCCCUCCGCUUUGGAUGACGAGAGGUGAUUCGGUCAUCGAUUGCCAGAUUAAAGGAGCACCUGGCGAGAAGUACUGGGCGGCGCUAGCACUGUACUAUUCCAAGUUCUUCGACGCCUACAAGAAGGAAGGGAUCAACUUCUGGGCUAUGACAGUUCAGAAUGAACCUGAGAAACCUCCUCUUGCUGUUUCCCAAUGGGAGACAUUGCGUAUGACUGCCGAAGAAGAAAGAGACUUUAUCAAGCUAAAUCUUGGUCCUUUGAUGAAGAAAAACCACCCCGAAGUGAAAAUCAUGGCCAACGAUGACCAGAAACCGGGUAUCAUGGAUCGAUCGGCGCCAUUUGAGGACCCGGAAUCGAAGAAAUACUUGAGUGGGCUUGCCUUCCACUGGUACCAGAAUAUUGACUUCAUCCUUCCUGGUGCUGGCAAUUUCAAGAAUCUACUUGAAUUUUCUGAAGCUUACCCAGACAUGUUCAUGCUCGGAACGGAAGCGUGUUCAGGUUAUUUACCGUCCCUCGUUGGUACUGGCAAAGGUCCUGCAUUGGACGACUUUGACAAGGCCUGGAAACGUGCUCAAAACUACGCUCGUGAUAUCAUUGAGAACAGCAACAACAUGGCUGCCGGCUGGGUCGACUGGAAUCUGUUCCUGGACACGGAUGGAGGCCCGAACUGGGCGAAGAAUAUGGUGGACGCGCCGAUUCUGGUAGACGAGCAGAAUGGAGCCGAGUUCUACAAGCAGCCGAUGUUUUACAUCAUGGGCCACUUCUCCAAGUUUGUGCCGCCAGGAUCGAAGCGCAUUGAGUUCCCGAAGACAGAGACGCUCGAUGAUUUCCACCGCUGCGCAUUCGUGACGCCGGACAACCAGGUCGUUUUGCAGUUCCUGAAUCGUGACAGUGAUGAAGUUACAUUUACCGUCAAGCAGCCAGACUCCAAUACGUUCACGCUUACAAUGCCCCCUCACUCAAUUCAUACGGUGAUCCUACCAGCAUCCGAAGAUACCAAAAUUCUAUAGAUUGGAACUGCGUUGCCUGCAUACAUGCAUCAAGCGCGUGUAAUCGAGCUCGUCAUACAAAGACUUUGAAAAAUCUUCUAGCCAAG